UUUUCAGCACUUAAAAAUGCGUAUGCUCGUAUGCGAUUAAUCCAUCCGUCUGUUCAUCCUUUUUCUUUCUCUGCUUCAUUUUCAGAUUUCUUUCUAUCUCCCAGCGAAUAAUCUGCUUCCGUCUCCCUUUGUUCAUCCUUUUUCUGUCUCUGUUUCAUCUUCAGAUUUUUUAAUCUGAACUGCACCGAUUUUGCUGCUACUUUGGACAUCAUCAACUUCGGAAACCUACUUCACUGACUUUCGUUCUGCACUGUCUUUCUUGCUAAAAUAAGGAAAUUCACAGAUUAACAAAUUCUGUGGUUGGCUUGGUUUCCACACCUGAAUUGCAAGAAGCAGUCUAUGGCUUGACAGAUUUCGAGGAGAGAAAUACAAGUGCACGUCUGGUUGCAAAUCCUGGCUGUUAUCCGACAUUAUUCAACUUCCUCUUAUUCCCUUGAUAAAGCUGUAGGCUUCGAGACAACAAAAAGUUUGGAAGGAAUACCUGCUUCCCCCGACAUAAGUGUUGUACUCGAGAACAAUAAUUGAUUUUAUCUCUCCUUCAGUAGUUGCAACAGCGUCUCACGCCUGUUUCGGAUUCAAUUGUGAAUUGGUGAUUUUGACAGGGCUUCUGGAUAAUGGCUUUGAGGCGUAUGCUCGGGUAUUCGGAUGGAGAGUUAAUGAGAUCAGAUGCAAAACCCUGCUCAAGGCUUAUGAGACAAACAGCUGGCAUUUUUUCAGUUGGUGGAGCAUUAGGAUUUUGGGUUCUUUGCCGAUUGCACUAUGGUCCUAGAAUCACAGUUCCUAGAAGUCUUAGAUGGGCGACUUGUGGGACUAUUUCUAUGAGCUCAAGCACAGCUUUGCUAGUUCGUCUAUUUAGUCCUGAAUGUGAACCACAAAACAUAGCUGCCUACGACAAGAAGGGAUGAUGUUACUUUUCUUCGGAAAUCAGUCUGUAAAACUGAAGAAUGAUGUCCUAUUUAAUUCGUGUGUAACUUUUUAAGGGUUCCCCAGUUAGGGAUAUAUUAGAUAUGCCCUAGAUCCAAUCUCAUGUUUGAGGAUUUGAACAUAUUUUUCAUGAAUGUUAUUUCAUAUAAAAUAUAUAUGGCAUUUAAAAAUAU